AGCAAAACGAAAAUCUGGGCUGCCAUACCCUUUGUUUGCUUUUAAAAAUAAUUUCAAUUUCCUGUAACGAGACCAUAAUUGGAUUAGCUCAAAAUCAACGCUGUAUAAGCACCAAGCAUUCCUUGUAAUCUGGCUACACCUUUGUUAGCGAAUGAAGCCAACAAGCGCGGUGAUUUUUCUUCUUUGUGGACAGCAACUUUAAGUAAUUUUGGUACAUUUGCAAUUAAAAAACAUCUAGGAGUAUUAAAAAACAGAAAAUUGCUUAAAACUUUUGGAAAAUUGAACUGCGGUGGUUGCAUUUUCAGUGGAGGGAGCAAGCAGAUGAGAAACUUUACAUUCUGUAAAGCAAAUUUGGUGAAAAACGUGAAACAAUAGCCGCAAAAUAUAAUAAAAGAGAUUUUUCUUUGUAGAAGUUGCCAAAUUAGGACCAGCAUCUGUGCUGCCGUUCCUCCAACGAACGCAUGACUGCUGCACAACAUUGAGCGUCUGCCCCAUUCCUAUCCGUUUCCUACUCUUUGUAUGUACUAUAUAGAACCGCCAGCAAAAUCACCAUCAAAACUGCACGCAACUUCGAACACUCCUCCCCCGUGAGCAGAAGUAGCAGCAGCAACUGCGGUUAUAGCUUCAGCUCUGACAGCGCAGAAGCUGCAUCAGCGUCAGAUAACAUCAAUUCCGGCUCCGGAACCCAUAGCAUGACCGACUACAGCGACUUGGAUCGCCAGAUCGAGCAGUUGAAACGCUGUGAAAUCAUUAGAGAAAAUGAAGUAAAGGCGCUCUGUGCGAAAGCGCGUGAAAUUCUCGUGGAGGAAGGGAAUGUGCAGCGCGUCGACUCACCCGUUACAGUUUGUGGGGAUAUCCACGGUCAGUUCUAUGACUUAAAAGAAUUGUUUAAAGUUGGUGGCGAUGUGCCCGAAAAGAACUAUCUAUUCAUGGGCGAUUUCGUGGAUCGUGGCUACUACAGUGUGGAAACAUUUCUGCUGUUGCUGGCACUCAAAGUCCGCUACCCAGAUCGCAUCACCUUGAUACGCGGCAA